GCGUCUCUCUUUUUUUUUUUCUUUGUAAAAAUAUAAUGGAUCAUGUUUAAACCUAGACAUCCUUUACCUUUUCAUAAAAGAAACAACUAUUCCUUCUCUCGGCUUAGAUUCAGAAAAAGAUGGCCACUGAUCAUCUUUUUCCUCAUCUUGUUCUUUUAUCUUUCUCGUUUAUCAUCCACCAAAGAUCGCCCAAUACAACAUGCCAAGAGUGGCUCACUGGAAGUGCGGUUACCACCACCUUCAUCAGGGCAUUUUAAAGAACUGACACUUGCCCAAGAAGCAUCACUUACACCCAUGGGUCAUCGCAUCCCCAAGAUUGUUCACUUUGUUUAUGGCCUACGAGAUCCUGAACCAACAUUGGACCUGAUACACUAUCUCGCCAUCAAAUCAGCACACGACGUACUGAAACCAGAAAAGAUCAUGUUUCACUACCAUCAUUUACCUGUUGGCGACAACUUUGAACGAGCUCGGCCUAUGCUGACACUGAACAAAGUGCCCUUGGUUCAAAAAGUGUUUGAUCGACCGGUGAGCCAUUACGCACAUCGAGCAGACGUCGUUCGUUUAGAGGUCCUUGAAAAGUAUGGAGGUAUCUAUGUUGAUCUCGAUCUGAUCUCUUUAAAGCCGAUUGAUCAUUUAUUAAACAAGGAAUUUAUUAUGGCACAGGAAGGUGUAGAUGGUUCCGUGGGAUUGUGCAAUGCCAUGAUCAUGGCAAGACCUCAUUCUAGAUUCAUUCAAAGAUGGUACGCUACCUAUGCCACCUUUGAUAGCUCUGAUUGGAAUUAUCACUCGGUCGUCCUGCCCGGGAAGCUUGCCCCCUUUUUCCCUAACGAGGUCACCGUCUUGAAUUAUACUUCUUACUUUUGGCCACUGUGGGAUAGUGCUGGAUUGCGCACACUCUUUCUCGAGAAAAGUUAUGAUUUUUCAGCAAAUUUGGGCACACAUAUUUGGGAAUCAGCAGCCAACAAGAACUUGAUGAAGGAUGUGAACGAAAAAGUGAUAAUGGAGAUCGAUAACAGCCUUUAUUGUCGACUGAGGCCGUUCUUAUUGGACGGAAAGCCAGACCCUAGGCCCAAUAGUUGCCGUAUCUUGCGCCAUACCAAGAGAGCAGAUGGCUUGGUGGGGCAUUGGCCACUAAAGGAACCCACGAAUAAAGCGAGAAAAGGAAUAAAUCCGCUACCAGCAGAAGACGACUCGGGUAAUCAUCUAGCAGGGAUUAUGAGAAAUGCGGUGUAUGUGAAUGAUGGUGUCUACCUCUCUGGAGACACAAGCUAUAUCUUCUUAGGCAUGCCCACUAAGACUUCGGCUCAGACCAUCACUGUUAGCUGGUGGAUGAAAACUGCCGUAAGCAAUCCAGGAAGCGGUAGGAUGGCUAUGGUCAUCCAGACAGAUCACGGACGUAUCUGUGCUUAUACGCAUCAACUCAAGAGAAAUGCAGAAUCCAUAUCGAUCAAGGCCAUAAAACGAAACGAAAAGUGGAAAUGGGAUGGUAUAGCUGGUCUACAACUGCGCCCCUCGCCCUUUGGAUUAGAUAGAGAAUAUCAUCAUUAUACCCUCACUAUUCAUCCAGUCUCGACCAACCAAAGCAUACCGGCCAUUGCACUUUACAUGGAUGGGCACGUUGUGGUUAGUAAGGCUAAUUGGAAUUAUCCAAGGGAGAUAGGAAGUAUAGUUAGGGGAAUAUGGUUUGGAUCUAUUGAGCCUCUGAAUGACAAGUAUCAAAGCCCUUGGGACAAUAGCGUAAAUUUGGAAGCAACUUUCCGCGAUAUUCAUGUUUGGGAAAAAGGAUUAAGCUCAGAAGAAAUAUUACAUCUGUAUCAUACAAACAAACCAAAGAAAUCUACAAGAAAAAAAUUAAGUCAUAAUACAUAAGCAUAGGACAUUUAUUAGAUAUUUAGAACAAAGUAAUAAAGAAAAGGACUGUUUUUUAUCAUCUGUACGGACCGAACACGCGACGCUGUGAGCACACAUGUUUUACUGCCACUAUUGUUCCUUACUCUUUUUUCUUAUUUUUCUUAUUCAUACAGUC